AUGCGUAUUACGGGCAGGGCUCCGAGGGCACCUCCCCGAGAGCAGCGCCGAGCUCAGCGCGGCGGGCGGAGGCAGGCACUCCCCGCCCGGCCCCCGGCUUUGGGCUCCACCUCCCGGCCCCACUUCCGCCGGGCGAGCGUCUCUGGGCGUCGCUGCCGUAAAUCAGGCGGGCGGUUUGCCGCGUCACGGAAGAUGGCGGCCGCGGCGGUGAACGGAGCGCCGGGCGCCUCGAGCUCGGCGCCCUCGGCGGCCUCCGGCGCCGUAUUGCAGGCCGCGGCCGGCAUGUACGAGCAGCUCAAGGGCGAGUGGAACCGUAAAAGCCCAAACCUCAGCAAGUGCGGGGAAGAACUAGGGCGUCUCAAGCUGGCUUUGCUGGAGCUCAACUUCCUGCCAACAACAGGGACCAAGCUGACUAAACAGCAGCUCAUUCUGGCCCGUGACAUACUGGAGAUCGGGGCCCAGUGGAGCAUCCUACGCAAGGACAUCCCCUCCUUCGAGCGCUACAUGGCCCAGCUGAAAUGCUACUACUUUGAUUACAAGGAGCAGCUCCCUGAGUCGGCCUACAUGCACCAGCUCUUGGGCCUCAACCUCCUCUUCCUGCUAUCCCAGAACCGGGUAGCUGAGUUUCACACGGAGUUGGAACGGCUGCCUGCCAAGGACAUCCAGACCAACGUAUACAUCAAGCACCCUGUAUCUCUGGAACAGUACCUGAUGGAAGGCAGCUACAACAAGGUGUUCCUGGCCAAGGGCAACAUCCCUGCUGAGAGCUACACCUUCUUCAUCGACAUCCUGCUUGACACUAUCCGGGAUGAAAUUGCCGGGUGCAUCGAGAAGGCCUAUGAGAAGAUCCUCUUCACUGAGGCCACGCGAAUCCUCUUCUUUAGCACACCUAAAAAGAUGACAGACUACGCCAAGAAGCGAGGGUGGGUCCUGGGCCCCAACAACCACUACAGCUUUGCCAGCCAGCAGCAAAAGCCAGAAGACACCACCAUCCCCUCGACAGAGCUGGCCAAACAGGUCAUCGAGUAUGCCCGGCAGUUGGAGAUGAUCGUCUGAGCCCCUACUGGGCACCGGCACAGAGCGAGGCGUGUGUUAUUUAAAGCAGUUAUGGUCCAGGGUUUCCUUCAAUAAAGGUGGAUUGAUGGUC